AUGACGUAUCCGGGCACUUCAACCCGGCAGGGCCAACAGCAACCCCUCUUGCCCACCACCCGUGUCCCCUGUUUUCAGAAUGCAAUCCGGACGAAUUUGUCGCUGCACAAGUGCUUCGUCCGGUACGAGGACGACUUCGGGUCGUUUUGGAUGGUGGACGAUAACGAGUUUCUGAAGCGGCGUCAUCUGUCGCGAGGGAGACCUCGCAAGUACGACAUCACGAUGUCACUGGAUCCCUCUGCGGCGGUGGGUCCGGAUGGCGGUAGCAGCGAUGUUCCAGGUUCUGUUCCGGGAGGGCAACCAGUUGUUGGACCCGGUAGCACACCGCCUCCUCCGCCGCCGCCUUUGAUGGGGGCGAGCGGGCUUUGCUACGAGGAUAUCGGAUCCAGUGGAGCCGGUGGUAGCCUGCUUCGAUCGCCGAAGAAAGAGUUUGGCAGACGGUAAUUGCUUGUUUGACAGAUGAUUGUUAUUUGGGUGGGGGAGAAAUUGGUUUAUGAGCAAUGUUUUAAAGGGUAUACAGCGAUUACAAUGGUUAUAUUUCCAAAUGAGCGUCAAUGGUGCAUUUAGUUUAUGAUUUUCUUAAGGUAAAAUGUGAUAAAUUGUCUUUUCACAGAUCAACGUUGGAAGCCGUAAGUAACUUUUCUUUCAGGUACAAAACAUCGCGUGAA